AUGAGUGAUAAGCUGCAGAGCGACAACGGUGAAAAACCAAGCAAUGAAGUAUUGAAGGUAUCCAAUUUCUCAGAUAAUAUGACUGGAGAAAAUAUCUGAACAUUUCUACCAUAUUUCGAAAUGGUUUAUUAGAAAAGGUUUUUGAGUAUAGUAGAUACUUGUAAGUUAGUAAUCAUGAAUGGCAGCAUAAAGAUGACAGAGUUUUAUUCCUUGCUAGAAAAUAACGAGAACUUGAUUCAGUCUAUAAUGGGAAAUAUUUCGAACAUUACAAUCGAAGAUCACCCUCGAGGUGAUGUCAUCUAUUUUGCCCACCCAGAGGAAAUGUUAACACCGUGGAAGAUCAACUCCUAUUUUCCUUUCAUUAUGACCACUUAUAUCAUUACAUUCAUAGUUGGCGUCACAGGAAACAUCGUCGUCAUUGCUGUGAUGGCAUGUGACAGCGCAUCAAAGAACGUCACCAGUAUCUUCCUCGUCAGCCUCGCUGUUGCCGAUCUCCUACUGUUGGUUAUCUAUGUUCCACUAGAUGUCGCUCAUUACUUUGUUGUACAGUGGGAUAAAGAUGGAACCAUCUGCAGGACAGCAGCCUAUGCCGAGAUGGUUUCUGCCUUUGCUUCUGUCCUUAACCUAGUGGCCGUAACUCUUGAAAGAUUCGUUGUUAUCGUAUUUCCAAUAAAGUCCCGCUCUCUUUGCACUAUGGGGAAUUGCAAGCAGUUGAUGGUUGUGGUGUGGAUGUUUUCGUUAUUGCUUUCUCUUCCAGUAAUUGCUAGUAAGAGCACUGAAAAAACAACUAUGACCAAUUACGAGAUCACCGUUAUGCUGUUUUCCUGUAAAGAACAUAAAGACUGGCGUGGAUCUGCUGUCGCUAUCUACCGCUUAGUGGCGCUGUUUGGCCUACCGUUGGUAUUAAUGAUAAUUUGUUACGCCUGGGUGAUCAUCGAACUCUGGAUUAGUACGAAAACUAUGGAUGAACUAACGAAUCAUAGGAAUGACCAGAAGCUAAGACGCAUGGAGUUACAUGUUGGUAUCAACCAAGAAACUCACUCUCCUUCCCUUCAACCUCACCGAAUGAUUCUGCGCAGUCACACCACAACUGACAGUCGCGACGUCAAACGAGCUCGAAAGCAGGCAGGUUAUCAAGAUGCUGAUCCUUGUAGUGUUUCUGUUUUUGGUGUGCUGGGGUCCACGUCUGAUCCUGGAGAUCCACAUUUCCUACGGCGUGCAGCACUUCAACCACUGGAUUUAUACAGCUCGAAUCGUUUUCUUUCUGCUACCUGUUGUUCACAGCUGUCUGAACCCUAUUGUUUACUGCUUUAUGUCUUCCAAUAUCCGCCGCUGCUUGAUCAGAUCACUCGAACACUCUUGCAGAGGGCGUUGCCUAUACCCAUGCUUGUUGAGGAAACGUGCUCAACGCCACCAAAUGAGAAUGAAGAGCUCUGUUUCAAGAAAUGGAACCAUCCGAACUGGUUCUACUUACACCUUUACGUCGUUCGCAACUUCGAUGGCGUGUAG